UCGUCAUUCCACGCCUUCGUCAUCCUGGCGAGGAACGACGGAAGAAGAUGCCGCGCGACAAGGAGAUCCGGUGGGUGGUAGACCAUGCUGAUCGUGUCUCACACAUGUCGCUCGACCGUGCCGCUACUCUCCGCUUCUUCGCGUAGCGGUUCGAACCGAAUUGUGAUACCGAGACUUAGUUUAGCUUGCGUUUACCUCUCGUCUCCGCGGAUCAGUUAGGCUCGCGCUUUCGAGCCGCCAGCACCGGCUGUGUUCUCUUUCUCUCUUUCCCGUGGUCUUCCUCGAUCGCGAGGUGAUCCCACGUCUCGAUCAACCGAGUCCUUCCCGUUGAAUAUUAUUAUUAUUUUUUAAUUUUUUUUUCUUUCUUUCUUUCUUCUUCCUCCACUCGUCACAAUCGCCGCAAUCGUUCUCGGCCGCACAAGGCACAUGCGAACCGACAGUCGCCGAAGAAGAUAGUCCUCGAUUUGGACCAGACUGAAUCUCGCCAUUCUCGAGAUGUGGACUGCACACUGCCAAAAUUUAGUAUUCAUUGCCUUUGUGUUCUUACCUUCCGUUGUGAGAGGCAUCCCGGAUUAUUCUGGAUUGCCACCGGGACCGUAUUGUGCCUCGAGGUAUCCUGAAGGCAGUUGCUGCCCAGGACGACAAGAUGAAUGCAGCGCGCCGAUCCUUAAGACAUUGUGCUACUGCGACGAUUUUUGCAACCGAACUCGCGAAGAAGACUGCUGUCCAGAUUACUGGUACCAUUGCAGAGGGCUGCCGACCACCACAUCGGCACCCGAGGAGCUAAGGAUAUGCUUUUUCCAAGGAAAAGAAUACUAUCACGGGCAAACGUUGAAAGUUAAUUGUAAUACAUGCAAAUGUUCCUCGCUUGGCAAGCGCGCUGAAGUGCUCUGCGAGGAGAAUCGCUGUUUGAUCGAGCCGGAGUUGAUGGAGGAGCUCAAUUUGCAAGGGCCAAUUCUAGGUUGGCAAGCGAGCAAUUAUUCCGAAUUCUGGGGAAGGACACUUCGGGAAGGUGUGGAGCUUCGUCUGGGCACUCUCAAUCCCUCACAAUCCGUGUACAAAAUGAAUCCGGUGCGACGCAUUUACGACCCAGAUGCACUGCCGCGGGAGUUCGAUUCUAGGACACGCUGGUCACGCGACAUAUCCAGCGUUCAUGAUCAAGGAUGGUGCGGCGCGUCCUGGGCCAUAUCCACUGCCGACGUUGCGACCGACAGGUUUUCAAUCAUGAGCAAAGGUGCCGAGGACGCAGAGCUGAGUGCUCAGCAUUUGCUCUCUUGCAACAACAGAGGACAACAAGGCUGCAGAGGCGGUUAUCUUGACCGCGCUUGGCUCUUUAUGAGAAAAUUCGGCCUGGUAGAUAAGGACUGUUAUCCUUGGACCGGUAAGAACGAUCAAUGCAAACUACGUAAGAGAAGCAACCUGCAGGCCGCCGGUUGUCGAAAGCCACCAAACCCGCUGAGAACAGAAUUGUACAAGGUUGGGCCGGCUUAUCGCCUGGGCAAUGAGACUGACAUUAUGCAAGAGAUUCUGACCUCUGGACCAGUGCAAGCUACCAUGAGAGUCUAUCAAGAUUUCUUCGUUUACAAAAACGGAGUAUAUAGGCACUCUCAAAGUGCGGAAUUACACGAUUCCGGUUAUCACUCGGUGAGAAUAAUCGGUUGGGGCGAGAAAAGGUCUUAUCGCGGUCCACCGCUCAAAUAUUGGCUGGUCGUAAACUCCUGGGGACACAACUGGGGAGAAAACGGGCUCUUUAAGAUUCAAAGGGGAACGAACGAAUGCGAGAUCGAGUCAUAUGUGUUGGCAGUAUGGGCCAAGACGAUAUAAAAAGAAAAAAAGAAACAAGGAAAAUACCAAAGUACUAGAAUAUCCGAUUGUCAUACACUAUUGGUGCAUUUAUUGAAUCUCCGUCGUCGGUCCGUCAUGCGCAAUGAUGCGAUUGUCAUCGGGGACAAUGAACGAUACAUCGAUGUUCGAAAGUAUGUGAUCCAAUUGCCUGAUCCAUACAUGCCUUAUUAUUACACGUAGAAUCGGGAAGGAAGGAAACAGAAACGAGAAGGAGACAGAGUUGUUUAUAAAUAUUUAAUAAGUACAUGGAUAGUCGAAAAAAAUAUCAUUAUUAUUUUCUCAUUAUUCGUAAACAACAAUAAUCGUUUUACAUAGAAACGCUCUCACCGUUACGCGUCGAUGAUCGAUAUGCUGUAGCAAAAGUCAUAUCUCACGUAAUAUCAUCCACGUAUCGCGGCGACUUCGAUGUGUAAGAAGUACUAAGUGCCAAGCGCUUGAAAUAAAUUUUAUAAAUAU